CCGAUUUCUUCUCGAAAGUAAGUAGGGUCCACUUCACAGUGUGUACCAAAACCAUAAGGCAUCAUUCUGCAGCUCACAAUUCCAUUCGGAAGCAAAAUUCAAUUCAAUCAACCAAAAACCCUAAUUUCCUUUCCCUUCCUCUCCUUCCAAUCCUAGAUCUUCAACUCCUCUAGGGUUUUCCCAUCCUCUAACCAUGCACAAAUUGGGGAGAGGCCAUCGCGAUAAACUCCAGCAGUUCAUAACAAUAACUGGAGCUAGUGAGAAAGUAGCACUGCAGUCUCUGAAGGCUAGUGAUUGGCAUCUUGAAGGAGCAUUUGAUUUUUUUUAUAGCCAGCCCCAGCUUAAAGCAUCUACAGAUUCUAGACACUUGGAGGAGCUAUACAAUAGAUAUAAAGAUCAGUAUGUUGAUAUGAUUUUGGCAGAUGGUAUCACUCUCCUUUGCAAUGAUAUUCAGGUGGAUCCUCAAGAUAUAGUAAUGUUAGUUCUUUCGUGGCACAUGAAGGCUGGCACCAUGUGUGAAUUUUCCAAGAAGGAGUUCAUUGAAGGCUUACAGUCUCUGGGGAUUGAUUCAUUGGAGAAGUUCCGUGAAAAGAUACCAUACAUGCGCUCUGAGCUGAAAGAUGAAUAUAAGUUCCGUGACAUAUACAACUUUGCUUUCAGCUGGGCGAAAGAGAAGGGUCAAAAGUCUCUGGCAUUAGAUACAGCUAUUGGAAUGUGGCAAUUAUUAUUCGCUGAGAAGCAGUGGCCCCUGGUUGAUCAUUGGUGCCAGUUCCUGCAGGCGCGGCAUAACAAGGCAAUAUCUAGGGACACAUGGUCUCAGCUUUUGGAGUUUGCAAAGACUGUUGGCUCAAGUUUAUCUGAUUAUGAUGCUGAAGGUGCCUGGCCGUAUCUUAUUGAUGAAUUUGUCGAGUAUCUGAAUGAAAAUGGCAUUACCCAAAAUGGUCAGAUCUAUGAUUCUAGUCUAAAACUAUGAUGCAUUCGGUGAAAUGCGGAUUGAGAAAAUUUGAUCUCUGGUCCUUAAUGAUAUGAGUUUUGCUAUUUGUGAUUGAACUCUUCUUUCUUUAGCCUAAAUAUGGAAAAAGAAGAGGGCAUGGCUGCCGGAGAAAUCUCAUUCUUGCGGACAAGUAGUAAGCACCAUACACUCGGAGAUUGUUGAUAUGGUAUAUGAACUUCCUUGGGUGUAUUUUGGAAUUAGUGAGAGGAGCCUACUGAUACCAUGUUAUAGUUUAUUGUCCCUUUCAAUUAAAUAAUUAAUUCUUGUACCGUGUCUUUGUUAGAUAAAAUAUUUGUGAUUGUGAUUAA